AUGUCUACUUCUUGGUCGGAGAUUCCUACGGAUCUCUUAUACUCACUCCUAUCCAAGGUCUCCAUCCCCGACCUCUUUCGCAGCGCCGCCGUAUGCUCACAUUGGUCCGCCGUAGUCGAUAAGCUCCGCCGCAGCCCCGGUGAUCAACGUCCUCAGAUACCAUGGCUUGUGCCGGAAGGGCAAUUCCUUAUAGACGGAGAUUGUAACUCUCAAAACAACUACAACUUCUUCAGCUUAUCGGAGGGCCGCGUGUAUGAUAUCCCAAGCCCCGCCACUCGCUUGCUCAAGACUGUCGUCGGAUCUUCUCAUGGCUGGCUCAUCACCGUCCGCAAGGUUAGUGUGCAGCUCCUGAACCCUAUCACCCAGGUGCACAUCAACCUUCCUUCGACCCCCACCGUGGGCGGCCGGCAUUUGGAGGCCGUCAAGGCGGUGCUGUCCUCAGAUCCCUCCGGAGGUGGAGAUUACAGCGUCGUCUUAGAAUUCUACAGCUGUUCUAUGCGGAAAAAAUUUUUGUUCUUUGUUAAUGCAGGAGAUGAGAAGUGGACGAUGAUAAGCGGAGGUGGUUAUCAUGACGACAUAGUCUUUCACAAGGGCAAGCUCUAUGCGGUGACACGGUGUGAAUUACAUGCUGAAGUGAUGGUAGCGGCGUAUGAUCUCAUCACGAUGGAUUCGACUCCGACUUGGACGCCGGUGGUAGCUCUGUCAGACUUCGUUUGGGGUUUUAAGGUCGUCUCGUACUUUCUUAGCACGUCUUCCGAUGAUCUACUGCUCACACGGAUCAUGAUGAAUGAACCAGAAAAUUAUAUUAACAAAUUGGAGGUUUGGAAGGUGGAUACAGAGAAGUGCGUUGUCAACACAAUGAACAAUUUGGGAGAGUAUAGUCUAUUCUUGAGCGCGGCUUCUUCUCUUUGCAUUGAUACGUCUUCGUUGCCGGAUUUGAAGUCGAACUCCAUUUAUAUCUCUAUUGACUUGUAUGACAUUGGCAUUAGUGAUAACUUGAUUUACAGCAUGGAGGAUGAAAGCUUCACCUCCUUGAGUUUGCCUCCGUUAUCAUCUCCAAGGCGGCUGCGGCGGUCAGCAUCAUCAUCUACAAAGCUGCAGCGGCCAGUCCUAGUUUGGUUUGCACCCAGUAUUGGGCUCCAUGCUGAUCCAAUGUAA